UGCAAGAGGAUCUUCAGCAUAGAUUCACCCUUCCUCAGAAUCCAGUCCAGCAGACCAGCAGCCUCGCCAUGGAGCAGCUGAGCGCCGCCAACUCUGCCUUUGCCCUGGACCUGUUCCGCACCCUGAGUGAAGACCGCCCCCGUGGGAACCUCUUCUUCUCUCCCCUGAGCAUCUCCUCGGCGCUGGCCAUGGUCUUCCUGGGGACCAGAGGCAACACAGCGGCCCAGCUGUCCAAGACUCUUCAUUUUGACGGGGUUGAGAAGGUUCAUUCCAGAUUUCAGAGUCUGAUCGCUGCUGUCAAAAAACGUGACGCCUCCUAUGUGCUGAAACUGGCUAAUAGGUUAUUUGGAGAGAAAACCUAUAAUUUCCUCCCUGAGUUCCUAGCGUCAAUUCAGGAACUAUAUGGCACUGAGCUGGCCAGUGUGGAUUUCCAGGGCUCCUGUGAAGAUGCCAGGAAGGUGAUCAACGAGUGGGUCAAAGGACAAACGGAAGGGAAAAUUCCAGAACUGCUGGCUGCGCGUGUGGUGAAUCCCAUGACUAAGCUUGUGCUGGUGAAUGCCAUCUACUUCAAAGGCACCUGGCAGGAUGAAUUCAGAAAAGAGGAAACCAGGGAUGCCCCAUUUAAGUUGAAUAAGAAAGAAACAAAAACGGUGAAAAUGAUGUACCAGGAGAAGAAACUGCCAUUUGGCUACAUCCAGGAGCUCCAGUGCCACGUGCUGGAACUGCCAUACAAGGGCGGGGAGCUCAGCAUGGUCAUCCUGCUGCCCGAUGACAUAGAGGACGAGUCCACAGGGCUGGAGAAGAUUGAGCAGCAGUUGACUCUGGAAAAACUGAGUGAGUGGACCAAACCUGAGAAUAUGUGUCAUAGGAAUGUCAAUGUCCACUUGCCCAAAUUCAAGCUGGAGGAGACCUACGAUCUCAGGUCCCACCUGGUUCUCAUGGGUGUGGAAGAUCUCUUCAGCGGCAGCAAGGCUGAUCUGUCUGGCAUGACAGAAGCCUGUGAUAUUGUCGUAUCAAAAGUUAUCCACAAGUCCUUUGUGGAGGUGAGCGAGGAGGGCACAGAGGCAGCGGCUGCCACAGCUGUCAUAGCCAUGUUACUGGCGAUGCCAGGUGAAGAUUUCGAUUUUGUUGCGGACCAUCCAUUUAUCUUCAUGAUUCGUCACAACUCCUCUGGCAGCAUCCUGUUCUUAGGCAGAUUGUGUUCCCCUUAGAGGCUGUAGAAAUACAAGGUCAAACUUAAAGUUUUAUCAUCUGACUUAUAAUACAGCUGUAACUUCACCAAUAAAACUACUAUU